GUCAGCAGCACGUCGUCGGUCGACCGAAAUCACAUUACUCGUGUUCGAGAAACAUUUACCGACGGUCUAAACGAAAACCAGCGGGUAAACGCGCGGAGUAGCUAAUGAACGAAUGAAGCAAGAACAAUGGCCAACCUGACAGUCCCAAAACACAUCGGCUAACAGAGAGAGAGGGAGAAAGAGAGAGACUGUGUCAGCCAGCGAGGGAGGGCUGAAGGGACGAGGCAGAGGUAGAUAAACAGCUGUCUGAUAAAGAUACGGAUGAAAUAAAAACAAAUAGCAUAUAUUAGGUCGCUUAAACGGUGAACAGAGUAAACGGCGGAUAGUCACAUCUCGCGGCGUCUGGAAGCGAGUCGCGUAAAUGUAGGAUGAGUAAAUAAAUAAAUAAGAGCGCGUGAGCGUCAUCUGCAGUGUGUAGCAUCUACAUCUACUUGCACCACCUGAAGACAACGACCGACACUGACUGCUGGGAAAUAAAGAAACGGGGGAAAACAGCGGAGAGGAAGGGACAAACGACGAACAAAACCAGUGAGGCUGUCAGCGUCCUUGUGAAACAGAAGAAACUGAGCAGCGGUUUCUUGUAUCUGAGGGAAGGAGGCAGAAGCGGGUAUCAGUGCUGCAGCGGCCGCCGCGAUGCUCUACACAUGUAGGCACGUUUGAAGCAGUUCAUCCCCGCCCUGUGUGGAUCUGACCGAACCGAACCGACUGUACGAGGACGGAUUUAACAGCGGGGCGCUGCGAAAAGGACUUAAGGCUGACGACUGGUAAUAUGACGAUAACCUUUAAUUAACAAGUGAUGCAUUUGAACCUGUGUGGAGGAGAUAAAUGACAGGAUUUUAAUCGCCCGUUUGUUUUUCAACAUGGAUUGAUUGGCCCACCAUCACAGGAUAGAGUGCUUAUUACACCCGCGUUUUGCUACGUUACAGGUUUAUACCUCUAGCCUAUAAAUAUUUAAAUAAAGACCAAAUUUAGGCCGAUGACUUUCUGAUGACGACAGUACGGCAGAGAUGUCUUUAUUGUAGAAAUGGAUGUUCGCCCCAGCAUCUCUCCAUAAAGAUAUAGGCAGUUACAUUCACCCUGUGCUUGCCUCCGUGUCUAAUUUCGUUUAUUUUAAGGGGCUUUAAUGUAACACGAGCGAGAGACGCGUCAAAUUGAACACCGAUAGCUUUUAGUCCACCAUCCCUGUCUACAUUUCGACCAGGUUAACGUCAGAUAACUUGUGUCUUUAGUCGAUCCUUGUUUUUUUUAUUUGACUUUUUCAAUCGAAAACAAAAAUAUUUUGGGCCAAAAACAAGGCAUUGGGUGCCUGUUCCUGCCGUUGGCUGCUAUCCUAAAACAAUCUUCUGCCGAGCACCACCUUCGCAGCGAUGGAGACCCCCACGAAGCUGCCUCCGUCGAGCCCUUCUUCGCCGACCACGGGCUUCUCUGUACCGAGCGCGGAGAAGGUGGAUGGUUUCCCCCGCCGCUCGAUGCGCCGCGCUCGGCAGCGACGGUCCCACAGCUCCUCACAGUUCCGCUACCAGAGCUCCCAGGUGGAACUCACGCCGCUGCCCUUACUGAAAGAUGCUCCAGUGGCUGAACUUCAUGACUUAUUCUGCAAGAAGCUGCAGCAGUGUUGUGUGCUGUUUGACUUUCUGGACUGUGUGGCCGACUUAAAGGGGAAAGAGAUCAAACGCGCCGCGCUGAACGAGCUUGUGGAGAGUGUGGCCACCAGUCGCGGAGUCCUCAUCGAGCCCCUGUACCCGGAGGCCAUUAAGAUGGUGAGAUGA